AUGGUUUUUGAAAAAGAGAACAAGAAGUGCAUGAAGGAUGUUCGUUAUGAUUUACAAGAACGUGAAAAGGAACAGGAAGAGAAAAAAAGAAACUAUAACAUAAGCAAUAGUAAUAGUAAUAAUAAUAAUAAUAAUAAUAAUAAUAAAUAUGAAAAAAAUUAUAUAUCACAUGUUGCAGAUUAUAUUAAUAGAAAACAAAUAAAUAAUAUGAAUGAUAAUAACAUGAAUAAAAGUUGUAUAAUGAAAAGAUUUAAUAAGAAGGAUGUAAAAUAUAAUGAUAUGUUGUUAAAAGCUGAUGAGACUUAUAUAAAUGAUAGUGAAAUAAAAAAAAAAUAUAACAAUAAUAAUAAUAAUAAUAAUAAUACCAAGUCUACAUAUUUAGCAAAUACUUAUAACAAAAGUUCAAGUAUCCAUAAUAAAGCACACAUUCAUAAAAAUAAUGAUUUAAAUAAUAUCCAUGAAAAAAAUGAUAAAUCAACUAAUGAUUGUAAUUAUUCACAUAACAAUAUUUCUUUUGAUUAUAACGUCGAACCUGUUUAUAAUUACAUAAAUGAAGGACAUAAUCCUGAUAUAUCUUUAAACAAAAUGGAGAUACAAAAAGAAACAUACAAUAAUUAUUGUUAUGAAAAUUUUAUUGUAAAUGAUAAUGUAGAUUCGUAUCGUAAUACACAUGAAAAUAAUAUAAUGUUAUUAGAUGAUGAAAAUAACAAUUCUAGAUUUAUAAAAAAAAAUAAAUCCUCUUUUUAUCAUACAUCACAACAUAAUAAUCAAGGAUUUAUUAAUAGUAAUGAUACAAUAAAAAGAAAUAAAAAUUUUGUUCUACAAAAUAAUGACAUAAAUUUAACAAAUGAUAAAAUAAAUUUUUCAUUCAAUAAAAAAAAAAAUAAAUUGACAAGUAUAUAUAUAGAAAGAGAAGAUCAAAAAGUAGGUCCUUUAUUAAAUGUAAAUAAUCAUAUGUCUAUAUUAAAUAAAAAAAAAGAAAGCAAACAUAAUUUUUACAAAUCUAUAACUGAACCUGAUGUAAUAACAGAGAAAAAAAAAAACACCAUAUUAAAAAAUAAAUGUAUGGAAGAUGAUAAUAUUAGAACCAUCGAAAAUGUUCAUAAUUAUUCUUUAAAAGAUGAACAUAUGAAAGAUAUAUAUAUGAAGGAUACAUAUAUGAAGGAUACAUAUAUGAAGGAUAUAUAUACGAAAGAUAUAUAUACGAAAGAUAUAUAUACGUAUGAUAAUAAUAUAAAUACAUAUAAAAUGGUUCAUGAUAAACCUGUGAGUGCUGUUGAAAAUUUACAGGACGUUAAGAAAAAGAAAAAUUACAAAAAUGUUAUAUUUAAACAUUUAUUUAAUAAUGAUAAAGAUGACAAUGAUUAUAAUUUAAAAAAGAAUAAAAAUAAUGAUGUUGUAGAAUUUAACAUGAAUAAGAAAAUGACCUUAAUAUCUGGAAACAAAAUGUAUAAAAAUGAUACAGCAAAAAUGUAUAAUUCGAACCAGGAAAUAUAUAUAUCUAAUAAUAAUAAUGAUAAUAAUAAUGAUAAUAAUAAUAAUAAUAAUAAUAUGUAUAAUAUCAACAAUUAUCAUCAUGGUUAUAAAAAAUACAACACAACAAAUCAAUAUAAUAAUAAUAAUAAUAGUAAUAAUAGUAAUAUUUAUCCAUUUUAUAAAAAUACAUCAAUCAAUAAUUGUAAUAAUAAAAAAAUAAAUGAAUAUGAUAAUAACUUUUUUAAUAACAAAAAAGAUAUUCAUAAUAAUACAAAUUUUGUAAAAAGCCAGGACUAUCAUGAUAAUAAAAAUAUUCAAUAUCAUAUAAAUAGUAAUGAUAAUUAUUAUCAUUCUUUUAGCGAUAUUAAGAAUGAAGGUAAUAUGAAUACAAUGUUUAAUGUUAAGAAAAAAUAUAAAAAGCUUAGAAUUAAUUCACACAUAUCUUCAAAAUUGAAUAACAAAAGUAUUAUAAAUUAUAGGAAUGGUGUUAUUAAUAACCAAUUUAAUCAUAUGAAUGAUAUAGUAUCAUCUAAUAAUAACAACAAUAAUAAUAAUAACAACAAUAAUAAUAACAAUAAUAAUAACAACCAUAAUAAUAACAAUAAUAAUAACAACCAUAAUAAUAACAAUAAUAAUAACAAUAAUAAUAUUAUUAAUAUGAAAGCAUCCAUGUGUAAUAAUAAGAAAAGGAAGAAUACCAAAAAUUUUAGCCUGAAUUUAUGCAGUGCGUGUCUAAAUAUUGAUGAUAAAAUUUAUAUUAAACAAAUAAAAGAAAUACUUGAUAGAGAUAUUAACUUAGUAGAUGAAGACCCCAGAAUUAUUAACGCCUUGAAAAAAUCUCAUAUCUCCACUUCGUAUCUUUUCAAUAAUUUAAAAAGUUUAGGUACCUUUCGUAAAGGUGGCUUAACAUGGGCUAUUUAUUAUAACAAUAAUAAUAAAGCAGUUAAUAAUAUGAUCAAGAUAAAGAAUGAAGCUAAUAACAGAAUUGUUAAAGAUAAGUUGUUGGAUCAUAUGAACUGUACUAAUAUAAUGAACGACAUUAAAAAUAUCAACACACUUGCUAAUAAUAACGGUGGUGGAUAUAACCUAAACAAUGUUAAUAAUAUGAGUAAUAUAUAUAAUGUGAUGGAUGCAAAGAACGGGAAUCAUAUGAACAAUAGAAAGGAUAUGAGUACUAAUACAGAUUGUUUUAAUUAUACAAACAGUAUAGACGAGUUGGAUGAUAUAAAUGAAGAUAACAAAAAAAAAGAUAAUUUAUCAUUUCUUAAUAAUAGUAAUAUAGAUAGCGAUAAUAAUUAUAUAGAAUUAAUUAAAAAUAAUUCAUUCUGUAAUGAUAAAUAUAUUAUUGAACCUAUUAUUGAAAAUACGUGGUUAAAAAAAGUUUUGUUAAUUAUAAAAAAGGAAUCUUUAGAUAUUGAAUGUUUUCUUUUUAAAAUAAAAUAUUAUUUUUAUAAAUCUGUUUUAUUUUUAUAUCAAGAAGGGAUAAAAUCAUAUCUAGGUGAUGUAGCUAACCAAAUGAAAAUAUAUAUAAAUUAUAAUUUCUGGUCAGCAGCUGAAAUUGCCUUUAUACUACGACAAAUUACAACUUUGUGUAAUAUACAAAUAGAGGUACGAGUCAAAGGAGAAAUUGGUUGUGUUAUUUAUUUAAAUGAAGAACCAAAGUGGUUUCAGGGAUUUGUCGAUAGUCAUAAUUUGAAUGACACAUUUAGUAAAAAGGACUGGUACUUACUAAAUAAUUUUGCUAUCAAAAUGAUGCAAUAUAGAAAGGGAGACAAGAAAGGUGAAGACAUGAAAGAGGAUACGCCUACAAGGGGUGAGAAUCUUCAAAGUGGUGAAAAUGUUCAAAGUGGUGAGAAUCUUCAAAGUGGUGAAAAUCUUCAAAGUGGUGAGAAUCUUCAAAGUGGUGAGAAUCUUCAAAGUGGUGAGAAUCUUCAAAGUGGUGAGAAUCGUCAAAGUGGUGAGAAUCUUCAAAGUGGUGAGAAUCUUCAAAGUGGUGAGAAUCUUCAUAGUGGUGAGAAUCUUCAUAGUGGUGAAAAUCUUCAAAGUGGUGAAAAUCUUCAUAGUGGUGAGAAUCUUCAUAGUGGUGAAAAUCUUCAUAGUGGUGAGAAUCUUCAAAGUGGUGAGAAUCUUCAUAGUGGUGAGAAUCUUCAAAGUGGUGAGAAUCUUCAAAGUGGUGAGAAUCUUCAAAGUGGUGAGAAUAAUAAUAAUAUUCUUUAUCCCUACAAUAAUAAUGGGCAAUAUGAAGAUAAUUACAAUAACGGUUACAAUAAUAAUAAUAACGAAUGUAUAUUUUGCUCUUCAUCAAAUAAAAAACUGAAAUCUUAUAUGUUUAAUGGUGGUAGAUAUGCUUUUGCAGCAAAAUUAAAAGAAGAAAUUAAACAUUUUCAUUCUAAACGAUUAGGUGAUAUUAUCCAUUUAGUGCAGCUAGCUAUACAUAAAGGAAUUUUUGUUUAUUCGCAACGUAUUUUAUUACCAGUGUCUGCAUGUGAAAAAAGUGCUGAUGAUCUGUAUCCUAAAAUAAGAAAUUUAAAUUAUGAUAUAUGCGAGACAUUAGAAGAGGUAUUAGAAAUAAUAUCAUUCCUAGUUGAUCAUAAAACAAAUGGAUUGGUACUUGCACAAUUAAAACAACAAUUUAUACUUCAAUUUAAAAAAGAAUUAAAUAGUUUACAUUUUGGAUAUAAGAAAUUACAAAACUUAUUAAUGGCUGAACCAUUUAAUAAAUUUUAUAAAUUGUAUAUACCGAAUAAUAAUUUACAUAGAACACAUAUUCAACAUAAGAAAUAUAAAACACCUGAUAAUUGUCGUAUUUUCCAAAAAGAAAAUAUUCAUUUGAAAAAUCAUCUCGAUUUUAUUUAUAACACAGAAUUUUUUACGGAGCUUUAUGUAGAAGACGAAUAUUAUGAUAAUGAAGAUACACAACAAAGUAUCCAACCAAUUUAUGAUAAUAUUCUAUCCACAUCUGGUAAUAAUCAUAUACAACAACAAAAUGGAUCCCUAUAUAUGAGUAACACACCCUUUAUAAAUGAUAAGGAAGAAAUAAAAAAAGAUAUAUAUUUAUUAAACAUAAGGCAUAACCAGAGCAAACGUGAUAUAAAAGAAGACAACAUUAGCAAGAAAAAAAUAAAUAACAUAAAUAGUAAUAAUAAUAAUAAUAAUAAUAAUAAUAAUAAUAGUAAUAGUAAUAAUAGUAAUAGUAAUAAUAUUAAUGAUAACAAAUUAGAACUCACUUAUCAAAAUAUACAUAAUUUACCAUCAUAUAUUCAAAAAAGUAUAGAAACCAUAUUUGAAAAGAAUAAUAAAGAAAGUGACAAAUCAAAAUGGAAAGAAGAAGACGAAGAGAAUGAAGAAUGUUCUUUAAAAGAAAUAAAUAAAAAUAUUAAAUAUAAUAAUAAUUAUGAUUCUUUUAAUAAUAAUAUUUUUCCAAAUUUGGUUUCUAAUAAUAUCCAAUCUUAUGAUGAUACAAAACAAAAUAAACAAAUACAAUUCCUUAAUACAUUAUAUCAUAUAGAUAUGGAAUUGUCACCUGUAAAUACUAAAAGAUACAAUAAAAUAAAAGAUAUUUUUACAAAUAUAAUAAAAAUAAAUAAAAAAUGUAAUGAUAAUAUUAUAAAUGAUCAUGACAUAAUUAAAAAUGAUCAUGACAUAAUUAAAAAUGAUCAUGACAUAAUUAAAAAUGACCAUGACAUAAUUAAAAAUGACCAUGAUGAAUUUAUAAAUGAUGAUCAACAUUAUAAUAUUUGGAAUGUUCAUUUUGAAAAACGUACUUUAUUAAAUAGGUAUAAAGAAAACAAUUCUACAUGUGCAACAAAUGUCGUAUCUCCUAUUUUAAACAUAUAUACUUUAAUAAAAAAAUAUAAAAUCAAAAAGAAGAAGUAUGAAUCCUUUUUUGAUGAUAUAAAUAAUGAUGUAGAUAUUCAUGUCAAUAAUAAGACUGAACAGAAUAAAGAUAACGGAAAUAUUGAAAAUAAUAAUAAUAUAAAUAAUCACAUAAAUAAUAUAAAUAAUAAUAUAAAUAAUAAUAUAAAUAAUUGUUAUUAUAUUGAUAAUGGUCAUGGUAAUAAUAUCCAUAAGGGGUAUAUAAAUAAUUAUAUUAUCCGUGAGGAUAAUCCUCUUCAUAAUAAUUUUACUUAUGAGAAUAAUAAAAAAAAUACUUCUAAACAAACACUACAAUUAUUACACAAUACUCAAAAAAAAUUCAUCCCUGAUAUAGAUCCCAUAGAUGUAACAAAUAUUAAUAUAAACAGGAAAAAUAAAAUGAACAAAAUAUAUAAAACGAAGAAUGUUAUAAAUAGACAUCAUACAAAUAAGCCUAUCGAUACAUUCGACAAAAUAACAUUAGAACCUAAUAACAAGAUAGAUAGUUAUGAAGAUAGAAAUAUACAAUUUUAUAAUGAAAAAUGUAACAGGUAUAUUAAUGCUGAUUAUAAGACAGGAGAAAGUACUUUACCUAUAUUAAGUGCUACAACAAAUAAUAUAAGAUAUAAGAUAGAACAUUUUUUCAAGGCAAAGAAUAGUAACCAAGAAAAUAUUGAUCAAAAUGAAAUAAAUUAUAACAACAAUGGUGAUGAUGAUGAUGAUAAUAACAACCACAAUGGUGGUGAUGAUGAUGAUGAUAAUAACAACCACAAUGAUGAUGAUGAUAAUAAUAAUUAUAAUUAUAAUUAUUAUAUGUUAAAUAAUCAAUAUGGUGAUUAUAUAAGGAAAGAAUCGAAUUAUAUAUCCUCACAGAAUAAUUUAUCACAAGAUGAUAUUUUUAAUGAUGAAAAAAAAAUUAUUGAAAUGAUUGAAAAGACAAUAGAUGAAGAUUAUAUAACUAUCGAAGAUAAAAAUGAUGUUAAACAUGAUACGAUAAAAAAAAUUAAUAAAAGAAAAAAUAAUAACAUCCCUUAUUAUAAUGAUAAUAAUAAUAAAUAUUUCAUCUUCGACAAAGAUAUAAACAAUAAUGUUGAUGAAAACAAUAUUGAUAAUAUACAUCUAAAGGAUAAUAUAACAAAUAAUAAUUCAAAAACUGAAUAUAAUAAUUAUAAAAUAUCUUGUUAUAAUAAUAAUAAUAAUAAUAAUGAUAAUUUAAUAAAUAAUAGUAUCUAUUAUUGUGACGGUUCUAAGAACAGAAGCAUAAAAUAUGGAGAGGAACAUGAAGAGGAAAUUUAUAAUACAAAAAAUUUCAUAAAUCAGAAGAAUUAUGAAAACAUUAAUAAUUAUGAUUAUAAUGUUAUAUUCACAAAUAUUGCACAGGUAAAUAAUGAAAACAUUUAUAUACCUAAUAGUAGAUCUAUUAAUAUAGAUAUUAAUGAUACGGAUAAUAAUAAUUGUGUUAAGAAUAUUACUUAUAUAAAUAAUAAUUCGAAUCUUCUAGAGAGCAAUAAUAAUGGUAGUACUACAACAACUACUACAACAACUUCUAUUAGGAAUAAUAUGAAACAUUAUAAUGUGGACAUAAAUAAUAUGGAUGAUAUUAAAGAUAUAUAUAUAUAUAAUAGUAAUAAUAACGACUCUCCAAAUAUCGAACGUGAUAAUAACAAUAUAAAUAUCGAAGAUGUAGGAGAAAAACCUUUUGGUUUUUAUACACAUAAUUAUAAUAAUAAUGUAUCAAAUAUAAACUUAAACACACUUAAUCCUAGUCUUAAUCUUAUAAUAAAUAAUAGAAAAAAGAAUAAUGAUCAAAAUAGUAUAUUUAAAAAAGAACAAAAUUCACCAUAUGAACCUGUAAAAAAUAAUGAUAUAAAUAUUAUUUAUAGUAAUAAAUAUUAUAAUAAUAGUAAUUAUAUAUAUGAACCAAAAAAAAAAAAAGAUGAAAAUGAUGUUAUUAUAUAUAAGAAUGAUGACAAAAUAUUCUCGGAUCUCAACAAAUCAGAGGAAUGUGUAAACUCGUCCAACUCAUUUGUUAACAAUCUAUAUAUUCCUUAUAAUAAUAUGAUAGAUAAAGAUAAUAUAAUGUUACCACAAAAUAAUGUUAUAUAUGACGACCAAAUUAAUAAUAUAAAUAAUUUUACCUUAAACAAUCAUAAUAUGAACAAUGGACACAACAUUAAUGAUGAAUAUAGUGAUGAAAGUUAUGAGAUACGUCACAUAAAUGAUAUAAAUAAAAAGGAUAAUUUAAUGCAUGAAAAUAACAUUCUCAACAACAAUAAUAAUGACAAGAGUAACCACGUGCUCCAUAAUAAUAAUGACAAGAGUAACCACGUGCUUCAUAAUAAUAAUAAUGAUUCGUAUAACUAUGAUAUAUAUAAUCAGUUCCAUACACACAACAAUUGUAAUUUAUACAAUGAUGAUAAAAAGGAAUUAUCAAAAAAAGGAGCAGUGUUAAAUAGAUAUAAUGAACAAGAACAAAAUAUUCCAAUCGAUCAUGAAUAUAAUAAUAUAUCUUAUCCAUCAUUAAUUAAAAAUAACAAAAAUAAUUCUGAAAAAAAAUAUUUAGAUAAUCUAUCCAUAAAUCUUAAAGAUGAAAAAAAUUAUCAUCCCGAAAAAAAAAAUUUCAACAAUAAUCUUGAAAAAAAUAAUAAAAUAUUUACAAACGAUAUUGACCAUAUAAGUUUUAAUAAAAAAAUAUGUAAAAUAAAAAAUAUUUAUUCAGAAAAUAAAAAUAAUCAAUUCUUUAAAAAUAAUACAAAUCAUCUUUUUAAUACAAAUACCAAUUUAUAUGAAAAGAAAAAUUAUGUAGAUGAUGAAUUUUCUCAUCAUAAGGAUCCUAUCAAAUUCUCAUCCUUAAUCAAAAAUAAACAAAACAAUAAUAACUCUUUUAUGAAUUUAUUAAAUGACAAUCAAUAUGUUAAAAUUAACAACCAAAAUACUUUUAAUAAUCCAAACAAAUAUCAUCACUUGAAAAACAAAAUCAACAAAUGA